AUGAGAGAUGCAGUAGUUUUUAAAUUUACAAAUUUCGUCUGCGAGAGUUACAACCAGUCCUGGUUCGUGUUCCACAACUGUCGUUUGAAGGCCGUCAGUCGGAACAGAGUAAUCCUCAAUAUGAACGGAACGGUUCUACAUCCAGCCAAGGAUAUAUCCAUUCAUGGCAGAAUUUUUAAAAGGGCAAAUGGCUACAAGCCCUGGCUCGUUGACAUUAGCUUUGAUGCCUGUCUGUAUUUCCGGAAGCGCAAUCAACCCAUUGUCAAUCUAGUCUAUGGGUUGUUUAGAGAGUUUACCAACAUUAACCAUACAUGUCCGUAUGUGGGUCCGCAAAUCAUCAAGGAUUUUUAUCUGAAACCUGAACUGUUGCGUCUGCCCAUUCCGACGGGGGAUUAUAUGUGUACGAUUCAGUGGUACUUCGAUAAAAAGCCACAGUUCGAUACGAAUGUUAGUUUUACAUUCGUGGAGGAUCUGAUGAACAGAAGCUAA